UUGUACGCAUGCUCAGUAGGGGCCGUGUCAGAGCGGGUUUUGUGCGCUUGCGUCCUGUGGUUUUUCUUUCUGUCUGUCCCCGCCAAGCUGCUUUCAGUGUAAUACUCCUGUUAUUACCUUCCAUUCAGAAUGUACGCUUGCGCCAAGUUUGUGUCAUCCCCAGCCCUGAUAAGGAAUGGAGCCAGUAUUCUCUGCCGUCCACUAUCUGCCCCACUUCUGAACUACACCGUACUUAAGACAGAGCAGCAGUUGCUACCUGUUCCAGCACGAGGAAUCCAGAGCAGUGCAGUGUGCAGGGACAUUGACACUGCUGCUAAGUUCAUUGGUGCCGGUGCUGCCACGGUUGGAGUAGCAGGCUCUGGUGCUGGUAUUGGCACUGUGUUUGGAAGCCUGAUUAUUGGCUAUGCCAGGAACCCUUCUCUCAAGCAGCAGCUUUUCUCCUAUGCCAUCCUGGGAUUUGCUCUGUCUGAAGCUAUGGGACUCUUCUGUCUUAUGGUUGCUUUCCUAAUCCUCUUUGCAAUGUGAAUAAUCACACCUAUGUCAAGGCCAUUUAUCUGUGUCCCAAUCUUCUGUAUCUAUAGCUGAGGGUCAUCCCCCUUUUAUUAAAGGGAAACUAAAGUUAAAAUGAACACUUUUCUACUUUUAUGAAAAUUGUUUUCCUAAAUGUUUAUAUUCAUAUCUCUGUAUCAUGUCUGAAUGUAAGAUAUUUAGAAAAACUUGUAUGUGCCAUUUUUUUAAAAGCUGGUUAGGGGAAGCAAUUUUCCUUUUCACUUGCUCUCUUGAGCACUUCCUGAACAGGAAAUCGAAAAUAAAAAAUAUGUACAUAUUUGCGAGUAAAAUACUUUCAUACAGUAGAAACUUGUGUAUUUCAUAUAUAGUUUCCCUUUAAGUUUACCCUGCUACAGGAUUGGCCAGUUGAUUCUGGGAAAUAAACAAAUAAUAUUAAAA